ACCCGCCCAGGUCCCCGCGCACUGCUGGAUUUGAAUUUUUCCAUUCACUCCAAGCACACCAAAAGUUACCUAAUUUAGUUGGCGUCUAUAAACCUUUGCAUUUUAUACUAGGUUCACAAACUAGAAAACGCACAGCUUUGUAAACAUUUUAUAGAGAUUUUUGGACGUAUAUCUUAGUUUAUUUCGGCUUAGCUUAGUCGAGGAGUAGAGAAAAUCUCAAAUAUUUGGAAGUAGCCUAUUCCGUAAAAAUUUUAUCUACUUAUAUGAUGCUAGGGUCACUUGACCUAAACAAUAAAGAACUUGAAAAACCAAACAGCGGACCUGGAAGAAGAUGGAUCUCCAGCUGUUCGGCGCCAGGAUUAUCCGACCUUCACCAUCAUCAGUACAAGGAACGUCAGGACCAUUUACGAGACUGAGAAAACUGCAAGUGGCAGCAAAGAUGAGAAACAUAAACCUUCAUCUUAAGAAUCAGCGAGUCAAGUUAGACUCUCUCCAACUGUCCCCACGUCUUGCCCAUCUGCUUGACAUCUGCUUCCAAAUUGCGGCACCAUAUAUUCCUGGGCCGUCCCUAUCUUGACGACUACAGGUAUAAACAAAUAGUUUGAGAACAUCGCGCAGGAUGGUACGAACCUCGCCGAUAGCGAAAGAAAUGAAGUUGCCAUAAAAAAGGGGAUGCACAAAAAAGCAGCACUGUUAGAUAGCCCUAAAACAGGAGCAUUCAGACAUACGAAUAGUGGCUAACUUUGCCGCUUCGGAAUCGGCUUACUUAGUAGGAUCCGAUUGUUCGUGGACUCAAAAAGAAACACAAACUAGUUUUUCAUUUGACGGAAAAAAAACCCUCCAAAAUGGAUGACGAUUAUUAUGAUGAUAUGGGUAUGGAAGGAAAUCCUUUGGAAGGAGUCUCAGAAGAAGAACUAAUGGAAAUGCUGCAAAAUUAUGAUGGUGAGCUUACCCCGGAACUUAUGGAUAUGCUCCAGUCUUACAGGCAACCUAAGUCCCCUGAAGUUGUCUAUAGUCGAAGCCAUUUUUCUGAACUAUUUGACAAUUGUAUGUUGCCCACAUGGACUCAGUUGUUUGAGCUUCUAUUGCCACUCUUUGUUUAUUGCAUCAUUUUUCGAAUCCUGCUUUACCUUAGUCAUCUUGGAACAAAAUCUUAUGGAGCACCACAUUGGCUCAUUCAUCUAUGCAGUGCUGUACUUGGGCUGUUGGCUUUAAAUUCAUUUUUCAAAGUUGCCACCCUUUACAUUGUUGUUGCUUGCUUUUUGGCCUACUUUGCUUACAGUUUUGUUAUAGAGCAAAAACGGGAGUGGUGUGGCUUGGUUGGUGCAGUUAUAAUGGUGGUCUUUUCACUCUUGUGCGAACUAUUUUUUGUUGAGGCCGAAACAUGGCAUAAAAUAAGAGGUGCUCAAAUCAUUCUGUUUAUGAAAGUCAUAUCAUUGGGUGUGGAUAUUGGACAAGGAACUGUUGUUGCUUUGCCUUCUGUGGUUCACUAUGCUGGAUAUUGUUUCAAUGUGGGCACAGUGAUAUUUGGUCCAUGGAUAAGUUAUCCACAGUAUUCUAAAUCUUUGGAUAGUCAAUCUAAUUCCUUGGGUGUUUUAUGGAUAUUGAAAGUGUUGCUCACUUCCGUUCUUGGUGUAGUGUUUCUGACACAUUCAAACUGCUUUACUAAUUGGUUGAUUCUGGAUCAUUCUUGGAGAUGGUUUCUAGCUUAUCGAGAUGCCCAAUCCUUUAGAUUUAGUCACUACUCAAUAAGCUUUUUAUCGGAGGCCACGUCAACAUUAAGUGGAAUAAAAUUUGAUGGACCUAAUCUACAGUGGAAUGUUGCACGCCCACAUAACAUUGAGCUGCCUAGAUCACUUGUUGAGGUUGUGACAAACUGGAAUUUACCUAUGCAUUUUUGGCUUAAAACUUAUGUUUUCAAACUAGUCCGUCCAUAUGGAACAUUUUUGGCUGUCAUAUUAACCUAUGCUGCUAGUGCACUUUUACAUGGUCUUAACUUUCAGUUGGCAGCUGUCUUAUUUUCAUUGGGAUUCUAUUCCUAUACAGAGUUUGUGUUUCGAAGAAGACUUUCUCACAUUUUUGAUGCAUGUAUACAAGCUAGGAAAUGUAAAGAAAAAUGUGAUCAUAAAUAUACUCGAACAAACCCUUUUGUAAUAAUGACGAAUUUUGCAUUCAGUUUUCUGGCAGUCUUUCAUCUUGCUUAUUUGGGAUUAAUGUUUGAUAGCAGUGACGGUGAAGAAAAGGGUUACACUAUGUGGCACACACUAGAGAAAUGGUCAAGUCUGAAUUACUUGAGUCACUGGAUAGCUCUAGGCACAUUUAUUUUUUAUUGGCUCAUAUAAUGAUAUCAAACUUUUGAAAUGUUGUUUUUUUCAUUUGGUGUUUAUUGUCCCUACGAACUUACGAGAACAUUAAUGAUAACCACUAGAAUCGAUACAAGAUGUAUAUUAUUACUAAUAUUUUCUUUCCACUUAACUUUUUUAAAAAUAACUUUUGUCUAUUUAAAUGACAGUUAAAUAUUAAAAACAAAAAAAUGUAAAUCAAAUUUUGUUUUGUAACAAAUAUAUAUUUAAAAGAAAGUUAAAUAAGCAAAAAAUGUAAAUCAAAUUUUAUUUUGAAACAAAUAUAUAUUUAAAUGAAAGUUAAAUAUUGAAAACAAAAAAUGUAAAUCAAAUUUUAUUUUGUAACAAAUAUAUUUUCACUUGUGAUGGCUAUUACAUUGUAUAGGUAAAUCAAAAUAUAGAAUACCAUUUUUAUUUUUCAAUCACCAUUUAUUGAUUUUUAGAUAUUUUUUAUAUUUUGAAUUUUUUUUGGCUUAUAAAAAUGAUGUGAUACUGUUUUUAUUUUAGUCUAUUUUGAUAAAUUAGAACACUUUUUGAAUUGGCAUUAAUAGACAAUGCUAAAGUACUAAGAAAUAAUUCAUUUAAAAAAUGUUGGGUUUAGAUCUGAGUGACAUAAACUUUUUUUAUAAGAAUGUUUUUUAAAGAUUUAACUCGAGUGUCACUUUCUUUCGUAUAAAGAAAAAACUAAACAAAUGAAAGAUAACAAAAACAAAACAAGCAACAAAUUCACUUUUUUUAAUUUUCAAAAUGGUAUUUUACCUUCACCUAUCCCUUAAUCUGUUGAACUGUUGGGACACCACACUUGAUCUAUCUACCAUCUUUCUCCAUUCCUCUGUCUUUUGCCUUGGAUAGAAUAUCUUUUAACGGCAGGCUGUCCAUUCUUUUCUCUUUCUCUGUCUGCCUAUUCUUUUUUUUUCUUGGAACUGUUCCCUGAAGGAAGGUCUUUGCAAGCCCUGAUGCAAAUUUCAGUUUACUUUCUUUUAAAUCAGCUGACAAGUUUUUAUUUUCCAAUGUAAAAUAAUAAAAUAACAUUAAAGUUUUUGAAACACUGAAGAAGCCUUAAAUCAUUAUAAUCUUUUAUUAACAAUGAUAUUAAUUGGCUUAUGAUGCUUCAAUAUGAAUUAAAAUAUAACAAACAAGUGCAGUUGUGUAUUAGAGAUAGUAAUCUGAUUGACUUUAAAUUAUUUCACCAUCUGGCAAUCUCAUUAUUUUAUAUCAAUAAUACUUCCUUAUCCUUGCACUUUUGAAGCUUUAAACAAAUGGUCCAUUGCUGAUUCAGGUUAGGAUAGGCAUGUGAUGUACAUUUUAAAGUGUUUGCCUGUUUACUUUAGACUAAAAGCAUAUGUUAGUUAAGUUAAUGAUUAUCUGUGUUUGCAGUGAUCAAAUUUAAAAUGAUUUGAACUAAUACUUUUCUUUUUAUAAAAAAAAAUAUAUAUUAUUGAUAGAUUUGAAUUUUGUUAUAUCAUCAAUAAAUCAACUUAUUUACAGGCCCAAAAAGAAAUUAUUCUUUUCAAAACUAUUCUGGAAAUAUCAGUAAAAUACAUUCUAGACAUAUCUGAAAGCCUCUUAGCUUAAAUUUCACCGUUGCAACUUUUGAAUUUGAUUUUGUAUAGUUUUAUUUUUUAUUUUAAGUCAUUUAUUUUUCUUAAUUUAAGUUUUCAAUAUUUAAUUAUUUUUUUUUUUAAAGCAAAGUUACACUUAGGUUUAAUGUAAAAAGCAACAAAAAAGCACAAUGGCAACAAUCCACAUCAAUCUAUUUUUUCAAUGUUACACAGUUUAUGGUUUUUCAUGUUAUAUGGUUUUAGUGUUGAUCUGAGCUUUUGAAAAUGAAGAUGGAUUCUAUUGGUGAUAUAUAUUAUUUAUUGAUCCAUUUUACCUCUUAGCUUUUACAUUGUUGUCUAUUUUUAAUCUUAUUGCUGCUGUGGGUGUUAUAUAUUAUGUUACAGUACUUCUGAUUUUUCACUGAUAUUGAUUGUUUGGUUUUAUUCAUGGGGAUAUCUAAAAUAUCUUCAGAACUGUUGGACUGGUUUGGUAACAGUACAUUUUUUUCUUUUGCUCUGUUUUAUUCUCUGUUCAGUUUAUACUUUUUUUUUUCAAAUAAUGAAAUGUUUUGUUUAUAGCAAUGACGACCUAAUUCUAGUCAUAGCUUAUUAAUUAAAAUCAAACUUUUACCUGAGACGCUAAACGAUUGGAAAUGUACAAGAUUAUGAUAGAAGCAAAUGUUCUUGGCCUACAUUCCCUUCAAGUUUCAUGCUAUGAAAUGCCGUGCAAAUAGAUCAGCUAGGAGCAUUGGUUGACAUUCUCCUACAUUUUAGUUUGUUGCUAAUUCCGAAUUAAAAUUUUUAGAAGCAUGUUUAAAGACAUGAUGCUCAAAGUUGUAGAGAACUCAAAUAUCAACAUGAAGGUCCCGUGGCCUUGUAAACUGUUAGUGAAGAAAAUAUUUGUAAUACUGCUUCCAUAAAAUUUUUCUUUUCUUAAUUUACAAAACUAUGUCAUGAGGAUCCUAUUCCUUCCUUCCAAGUCUAUGUCUGAAAUUGGAACUCGUUUUCAAAAUAGUGCCUUUUGAGAUGAUCUGAAUUCUGUUCAUCAAAUGUCUUCAUCUACGAAUCAAAUUAUAUACAGAUAAUCUUUUUUAAACAAUUCAAUUAUUACAAAGUCAUUUUUGUGUACACUAUUAUUUUACACUCUAUUGUGUAUUUAUAUAGGAGAACAAUCUCAAGUUUAGAGUGCAUUUGAUGCUGUAACUAUUUCGAUAGUUAUAUUGUUUAUUUAUUUAUUGUCAUCAUUAAUGGCCAGAUUCGUAACAAAUAUCUAUAAUAUUUUUUUUUGACAAAUUUUGCUCUACUCUUAUACAUGUCCCCAUAUCACUGGCUAGAGAUUGAUACGUUUCAUUGCAAAAUAGCACAAAAAACAACAUAGUAUUUUUUUUAAAUAACAGAAUAUAUUGGAAAAACAAUUCUAUCAAUGUGUCCUUAACACAAAUAUGCCCUUAGGAAAAGUAUUAUUAUAUAAUUGAUUUGUUGCACAUGUGAUAUUUUACGAACACCUGUUAAUAGCUGAAUCAAAAAAUGUAAUGCUUAUUUUAUAGACCUGCAUUACUGACAGAGAACUUGUACAUGUAUUUUUUAAUUAUGAUAUAUAUUGACGUCUUAUUCUACAACUGGUUCUGCCAUGUGGAAUAUAGAAAUAUCGGGGAACUUAAUCAGUUUUGUAGAUACUUACUGUUCUUGCUAACAGAAAAAAAUUGAUGUGAUUGCUGAGUGCCCUUUACCAAAAGCAUUUUUAUUAUCGAAAUUUAUUUUUGUAAAAGAAAUGUUAUCUCCUUUCUACACAGAAAAUAAAAUCCAAUUGUUAUGUAGUUAAUUUUAAGAUUACAGAUAUGCAUGCAUACCUCUGAUAAACUAUACAUUGGUGAGAAUCUGUACAACUGUUUGCAAGCUUGUUAAAAAGUAUUUUUGUUGGCCACAAAACUGCUACUUAUAUGUUCUGCUUUGUGAAUUUAAGAAGUUUAUAUUUAAAAGUGAUCAUUAAUAAAUAAUGAGGUUAAAAAGAGGUAGCAGACUUCAUGCAUAUCCUUUUGUUUUAAAAUGUAUCAAGUAUAUAAAAACUGGUUAAUCACCUUCCAAGUCAAUGAAUUACUGUACUAUUGGUCUUCUUUGGAAAACUUUUCAUUGUGUACUAUUUUUUUUUGUUUCUUUGACUUCUAAUGUCAUAAUACAGAUCUCAGUGAUAUUGAACUGUUGAUAUUAAAGACCUUGUGUUCCGUCUUAUCUGGAUAUAUAUUUAUUGAACUUUUUCACUUUCCUGGGUCUGGGUUUUGCCUUUUUGUUUUAAAUUCAUGUUAAAUUUUGUUGCACCUUAAACAGGGUUCUCAUUCUUGCUAUCUGCUUUUGUUAUUGAACCAAGCAUUUAAUAUAAUUUAUUUUGUUAUUGAUAAUAAUACAUAUUUGCUUAUGCUUUUUUUUUCCUGUUGUCUUUUUUUCUUAAAUUAAAAUGUACAAUCAGUUCCUGAUA